UGAAAGAUGGAGAAUAUUUGCAGGUGUGCUCGUGUUCCUGCUCUAUCCCCCGCUGGGACCUCCUGACGUGAGCCUGCUCAACCAGCGCCAACCCCUUAACUAAGUGACUUUGGGGCGGAAGGCAUAAUGAAUCGGAAACAAAGACUCGAUGCCCUUUGUGCGCGCGUGGGUUCGCAGCCCCACACCUGCUGAAAUGCUGGACAGCUUCCGUCACGGAUGCAAACGAAAUUCUGCACCGGGGUUUGCCUGCGAGUGUGUCGUGGCCUAAGGCAUGACAAAGACGAAAAGGGAUGCGACCGUUCGCUUACAAACAACCCAGCUUCUUAGGGUUGUACAGUCUCCUCGUCAUUCCUGCUAUUUAAUGAAACAAUCGCUAUAAUCGCCGAUCGUCUGCAUAAAUGAAGUGGUAAAACAGGGAAUGUGGGGGGGACUGUUUCACUUUAUGUAACAGGGCGCACAACGUCAAGCUCAAAAGGAUACCCGUAUCCAUCAUCUCAUCGCCGAUUCUGAGGAGAAAGCAGCCGAGACAAGGAGGCUGGGGGAGGAGGAGGUGGGGUAAAGGCGGAACAAACCGGUGCCGGAUACACGCUGUAGCUGCUCGCCCGCACUGCAGAUUAACUCUUGAGGCGCCGAGGAUCCAGGCUAGCGGGCACACAAUACUGGGCAAGGGGAUCCUUCACAAGCACAUAUAGACUUACACAAGUGCAUACAACCAUUCACAAUCACACAAAAGAAAGGUUGGCAAGUCUCUCAUUGUACGCCUCAGUUACAUUCUGCUGCAUGUCACUUUGGCAUACAAGUUCCCCACUGGAAAGAGCCACAAACACUCAGAGAGCAGGUGAGCAGCGUAAACAGCCGCCGAGAGACUGAACACAGACAGAUUCUCUCUGGAAUGGACAUUCUUAAAAAACAGUGAGUCAGGCAGACAGUCAGCGUGAGAGCCAAACGGCCAAAAGUCAAGUCAGUACUGAGACAGAGACUCAGUCAACCAAUCAGAUUAAACCACACUCCAGUCUAGCCUACUGUGGGAUAGCCAGCGAGUUAUCAGUCUAGAUAUCAAGUUAUUAGCUAUCAGUCUUUCACAGUCACACAAUCACACAGCCAUUCAGACUUACUUUGUUAGCCAUCUCAGUCAAUGAGGCAUUCAUAAACCACUUCAUUGGCUGGACACUGAGAAAGAGCCCCCCACGCAGCCAAUCCAAGCCGGUCUGGCAGGAGGGGAGCAGCCAGUGAGAGCCCGGUGGACAGAGCAGACAGACGGAACCCCCGUGACCCGGAUGCAGAACAUCCUCGAGCAGAACUUGGACAUGGCCACGGCUCUGCUCGCCGGAGAGAAGCUGAAGGAGCUGAUCCUGCCGGGCUCGUCGCAGGACGAGAAGGGCGGGGCGCUGGCGGGGCUCAUGGUGCAGCUGAAGCUGGAGCUGCCCUUCGACCGCGUGGUCACCAUCGGCACCGUCAUCAUCCCCAUCCUGCUCGUCACCCUGGUCUUCACGCGUAACUUCGCAGAGGAGUCCAUAUACUGCUACACCCCGCACAACUUCACCCGUGAUCAGGCCCUAUACGCCCGGGGCUACUGCUGGACUGAGCUGCGGGAUGCGGCGCCCGGGGUGGAGCCGGCCCUCAGGCCCUCCCUGUUCGAGCACAAGUUCCUGCCCUACGCCCUGCUGGCCUUCGCCGGCAUCAUGUACCUGCCCGCCCUGGGCUGGGAGUUCAUGGCCUCCACCCGGCUCACCUCCGAGCUCAACUUCCUGCUGCAGGAGAUCGACAACUGCUACCACCGGGCGGCGGAGGGCCGGGCGCCCAAGAUCGAGAAGCAGAUCCAGUCCAAGGGGCCGGGCAUCACCGAGCGGGAGAGGCGCGAGAUCAUCGAGAACGCCGAGAAGGAGAAGAGCCCCGAGCAGAACCUCUUCGAGAAGUACCUGGAGCGGCGGGGGCAGAGCAACUUCCUGGCCAAGCUCUACCUGGCCCGCCACCUGGCCAUCAUCUGCCUCAGCUCCAUCCCCAUCUCCUACCUGAGCGCCUACUACGCCCGGCAGCGGCAGAACGAGUUCACCUGCGCCCUGGGCGAGCCGCCCGACGCCAGCAGCCCCCCGGACCUCCGCCUUUCCGUCAACUGCAAGCUCCCGGCCGUGCAGCUGCAGCGUAUCAUGGCGGCGGUGGACCUGGGCCUGCUCUGCACCGUCAACGUCAUCAUCCUGGUCAACCUGCUGCACCUGUUCGUGGUGCGCAAGUCCAAUUUCGUCUUCGACAAGCUGCACAAGGUGGGCAUCAAGACGCGGCGGCGCUGGCAGAAGUCGCAGUUCUGCGACAUCAACAUACUGGCCAUGUUCUGCAACGAGAACCGCGACCACAUCAAGUCGCUCAACCGGCUGGACUUCAUCACCAACGAGAGCGACCUCAUGUAUGACAACGUGGUGCGGCAGCUGCUGGCCGCGCUCGCCCAGUCCAACCACGACGCCACGCCCACCGUGCGGGAGUCCGGCGUCCAGACCGUGGACCCGGGCCUGGACCCUGCCGUCCUGGGGGUGGGGGAGCUGGGCGCAGAGCCGCUGGUAAUCAAGAGACCCCGUAAGAAGAUGAAGUGGAUCCCCUCUUCCAACCCCCUGCCUCAGCCCUUCAAGGAACCCCUGACGUUGGUGCGGCUGGAAAACAGCACCAAGCCUGAGAAGCCCAAACCGGUGCGUCGCAAGACGGGGGCAGAGAGCUUCAUCGCCCCCCUGCUGGACACCAAGAGCACACAGCACCCCCCCAACAAAGGAGCCGCGGACCUCGGCGGGGGCGGGGUGGAGAAGAAAAACGCGCGAAACUUCUCCCUGGAUGUCCAGCCGUACACUCUGACCUUCAGCAAGCCCAAAGCCAAGACGACCCAGGCCGAGCCCCUCCCCCCGGAGCGGGGCCUGGACGCGGUGUUCAUCGAGGGCACCCACAGCAUCGUCCACGUCUCCACCUCCAUCACAGAGAAAAAAGACACUCUCUCCGAAUCCCCAGCCCCACCUUUCUCAGCUGUGACCCUCCCCACCACCUCCUACUUGAACGGGGGCACGGGCAGCCUGCCCGCCACCUCCUCCGCCCACCCCCCGGAGAUCUCCCAGCCUGACGCCUCCGAGAGCCAGGGCGGGCCCUUUGGCUGCAACCCCGCCCACCCGCUGCUCAGCAUCCACCGCACGCUGUACGAGGAGGAGGAGGAGGAGGAGGAGGAGCCAGGGCGAGGGGGGAGGGACAGGCUGGACGAGAGGCCCGCCGGGGAGCUGAUCGCCGCCGGGGAGUGCUGAGAGGGGGCGGAGCCGCGCCCUGCCCCGCCGCCCGCCUGGCCCCCCUGCUCAUCCUGCCGCCACUCACCGCUGCCGCCACCCGCCCCGGUCACCCCAGAUCAGUUUCGGCCACUCGCGGGGGUUAGGCAGAAGGGUUGGGCUCGCUGAUCCUAGAACAGUGCUCGGGGAUGCUCUCUGCUCGGAUCUCCAGAGAAUGGAGAUCCCAGAUCUGUCCAUAUCUCACACCACCACUGCUCAUCACCCCAUCACGUGUGCACAGAGACUGAGAUGGAUAGAGAGCUGGUCUCAACACCAUGCUGUGAAACACUGCGCACUGGUUUCGCACACCACUGAAUUAUGCUAUUGUUUCUCAUUGACUACAUCUCAUCACAGCUCAAUCAAGCCAGUUAGAACUGGACAAAGCAAUGCAGUCACUGAAUGGACUGUGGUACUCACAAAUCAUACUGCGCUUUUCACACACAAAUUCAAUUGACAGCCUGCUGUUCCUUCUCAAUCAAGCCAGCGACAAUAUGUGGAAGGGCAAACGCAUGAGAAAACAGCAGCCUUUCAUAUCACUGCUAAACUGCUAUAAACGGUAAAAAAAAUAAUUACCACU